UACAACAUCGUUUUACCGCGUAAAAUCGUUCCGAGUCAUUGUGACAAGCUUGUGCGUGCGGGUGAGCUGCCGCUUAACCACAAUACCGUUUACUGGACAUUAUAUUUUGCCUCCAAAUCCACGGCAUACGUCUGCCACCGUAUAGUCCCGACCACACGCACCGUUACCACUCUUCAAGUCCCAUCCGUUCGGAUCGCGUUGUUCCUCGUCAUUUCGCGCUUGACUUCAGCCGUUGCUCGUCCACAGUACGACCACAUCUCUCCUCGACCAUUCGUGCGGUCCAACGUUAUUUGAUUGACGAUCGACGACAAUUUUAUUAUUAACCAUUUUCAACGAUGAUGGCGAUGAACAAGGAAAACGUAAUGGACAACUCGCAACAGCUACAGAUGACAAAUAAAAACUUUUUUGAAUCUGUGUCUGCCUAUAGAGCAAACUUUGAUGCAACAAUUGAACCCUUACUGAAAGAUAAUCCGAGACGUUUUGUCAUAUUCCCUAUUAUAUAUGACGACAUUUGGGCCAUGUACAAAAAACAAGAAGCUUCUUUUUGGAAUGUAGAAGAAGUCAAUUUGAAAUCGGAUCUUGAAGAUUGGAUGAAAUUGACUGAUGAUGAGCGUCACUUUAUAUCUCACGUAUUAGCAUUUUUUGCUGCUUCAGAUGGCAUUGUCAAUGAAAAUCUUGUUGAAAGAUUCUCUCAAGAAGUUCAAGUAACUGAGGCUAGAUGUUUUUAUGGGUUCCAAAUAAUGAUGGAAAAUAUACAUUCAGAAAUGUAUAGCUUAUUAAUUGACACAUAUAUUCAAGACCCAAAAGAAAAGGACUUUUUAUUUAAUGCUAUUGAAACCAUGCCGUGUGUAAAAAAGAAGGCAGAUUGGGCUCUUAAAUGGAUCAGUGAUAGUAAAGCAACUUUUGGUGAAAGGUUAGUUGCAUUUGCUGCAGUUGAAGGUAUAUUUUUCUCUGGAAGUUUUGCUGCAUUAUUUUGGUUGAAGAAAAGAGGAUUAAUGCCAGGUUUAACUUUUAGCAAUGAGCUGAUUUCAAGAGAUGAGGGUUUACACACAGAUUUUGCCUGUCUCUUAUUUAAACAUUUAGAGCAAAAGCCACCUCAAGCUGUUAUCACACAUAUAAUUUGUGAAGCCGUGACUAUUGAACAAGAUUUUUUGACGAACGCUUUACCUGUUAGGAUGGUUGGCAUGAGCUGUGAAAAGAUGGCCGUAUAUAUUGAAUUUGUUGCUGAUAGGCUGUUAAAUGAAUUGGGAUGUCCUACAGUUUACAGAUCUUCAAACCCGUUCCCAUUUAUGGAUCUUAUAUCUCAACAAGGAAAGACAAACUUCUUUGAAAAAAGAGUUGGCGAUUAUCAAAAAGCUUCAGUGGCUGUUAUUGAAACUCCUCAAUUAUCGACAAUGGACAUAACUGAACAAGACUUUUAAAUUAGGUAUAUUCUGAUAGCCGCAGUAUUUCCUUUUAUUUGUGUACUUAUUUAUUCUAUGUUUCUCCCCCACCACCCAUCAGAGGGUUAUUAGUUACAUUAUUUAACCAAGCCGCACUAUGCACUCUGACUUAUGUUUGUGAAUAAAAUUAUUUUGUCAAUGACAUAUAUAUAAUUAUAAGAAAACUUUAUUUUUAAAUUUUAUAAUAAAAAAGAAAAGUAUUUAAAAUCUAUAUAAAUUAUACUAUCAUACUUUUCAUAUUUGUCGUAUUUAUAGUUUAAUUGUAAUUUAAAAUUUAGAAAUAUAUGACUAAUUUGUUGUAA